AUGGCCAAAUGGGGUGAAGGAGAUCCUCGAUGGAUCGUUGAGGAGAGAGCCGAUGCUACCAACGUCAACAACUGGCACUGGACGGAGCGUGAUGUCUCGGGUUGGUCGUCGCAGCGUCUCCGUCAGCUGCUGCUUGGGGUCCGGGUGGAGGGAUCAGAGGGGGUCUGUCAGCUCACCGACAUCAACAAACUGGACGGAGAAGCUUCCAUCAACAAUCGCAAAGGGAAGCUCAUCUUCUUCUACGAGUGGCAGCUGAGAGCCAGCUGGCUGGGUACAUCCAGUAGUGGAUUGAAGUACAGAGGAACUGUUGAAGUGUCCAACCUUUCCGAUGAGAACGACGUGGAUGACCUCGACAUCUCAGUGUCUCUGUGUAAAGACCAGCCCAACACGCCACUCCUUGACCUCAUGAGGAGGACCGGCGUUCUGGAGGUCCAGAGGGUUCUGGGCGAGUAUGUCUACCAGCUCAAAUCAGAGUUCAGUCAGGGCAUGGUCCUGCCCACCACCCGGGGACCAAAACCAUCUCCACCUGAGCUGUCCAAGAAGAACCAGAUCAAGAGCAGUAAAACCCAGAUCAGCUGCAGCUCCAGGUGUUCUUCUAGCCGCGACCCCUGUCCCACAGCUGUUCGUAUACAGACCUGCAGAUUUAAUCUGAAGGAAACCUUCCAAACAUCACCCGAUGAGCUCUACAAGACUUUCAUCAACGAGGAGUUUUUACAGGUGUUUAUGCGCUCGGCAGUGGUGGUAGACAGCUGUCGUGGAGGCAGGUUCCAGCUGUUGGAUGGAAGCAUCAGCGGAGAGUUCACACAGCUGGAAUUGGACCAGAGGAUCGAGAUGAGGUGGCGGUUCAGGACAUGGCCUAGCGAGCACUACGCCACUGUCAGUCUGGAACUGGAGGGCCGAGGAGACGAGACUGAGCUCAGGAUGGAGUGUCGAGGAGUCCCUGCGGGGGAGGAGGACUCCACCAGGGAGGGCUGGAUCCGAUUUUACUUCCAGGCCAUAAAACAAACGUUCGGAUACUGAGAGUCUCUGAGAUACUGAACCCUGGAACUCAUCUGACAGGCUGUCUGAGAGGAUGGGGAUCUUCACCAUGUCACUGUGAGCAGCUGACAUGUCAGGCUUAGAUGAACCUCCUUAAAGGAACAGUCCAACAUCUCAUAAACUCUCUCGUUCUCAGAUUUCACUCAGUUGCAGAGUCCCUCAGGGAGGUGUCCUGGAGCCUCUGUUCUUUAU